AAAGGCAAACGAUUUUAUUGUAAUUGUGUUUUAGUGUUAACACGUGUUUAACAUAUAAUUGAUAUAUCAAUCAAUUCAUUGCAAUUAUUUCACACAUUUAUAAUCACAUUAUAAUUAUUAUAAAAUUAAUUUAAAACAUUUAAUUUUAUUAAAUUAUUUAUUUUUUAUUUUAUUAAUUCAUAACUAAUAUAAUGGCAAAUGAUGUCAACAAAGAGGUCCACGAGUUUAAAGAGCAGAUCAAGAAGGAGGCCGAGACAUUGGUGUUGAAGACAUUUCCCCGAAAGAUACUUGAAUUACAAGCACUUCUCAAUAGCGCAAAGUUUACAAUUGAGAAACUGUCGGACAUCUGCACUGAUAUUAACAUACCUGUGCCCACACCAACUGAUUCAAUAAACAAUCAUAAAGAUCACUCCGACGGAGAUUUACCCUCCAAAAAAAGGAAAUACGAGGCCAUCGAUUGCGACGGCAUAUCGGGAACCAAAGUGUUAGUGUUGCCCAACGGUAUGGCGCCUUGUAAUAAACAUGUGGUUCAACUCAUUGAAUUGGUUAAGCCAUUGAUCAGACAAUUGGUCGAAGACGCAAAUUUGUUAAAAAUGUGGAUUUUGUUUCUUAUUCCACGUAUUGAAGACGGAAACAAUUUUGGUGUCUCUAUUCAGGAAGACACGUUGGGUGAAAUUAGGACAGUGGAGGGGGAGGCGGCCGCCUAUUUUGAUCAAAUGUCCCGGUAUUUCCUAUCGAGAGCUAAAACUGUAGCAAAAGUGGCUAAAUAUCCGCAUGUGGAUUACAGAAGAACUAUCCAAGAGAUCGACGAAAAAGAGUUUCUAAGUCUACGUCUAGUUGUGGCUGAACUUCGUAACCAUUACGCCACUCUUCACGAUAUGGUUACCAAAAAUUUAGACAAAAUUAAAACUCCCAGAACUUCUAAUGCCGAAAAUAUGUACUAAUUUUAUUAUAUAAUUCUUGUUUUUUUGCAUUUAAUUUUCAUUAAUUUUUUCAAAUAAAAAACAAUUCCUUAU